AACAACAUUUCCCACAAUCCAUCGCUUUGUGUUUGCGAGCAGCAAUGGCGGCGUCCUCAGACAGUGUGGAAAAAAUAACCGGAGCUCUGGAGGAGAGUUUAUCCGGACUCGGCUUUGAGGUUCAGCCUCUCAAGGUUGGCUGGUAUAAUGCCGUUCUGCCACCCUCCCUGGCUCUGUCAUAUCCUGAUGACACUUUGGCCGUUGUUGUCUUCAGCACUCCUUCCAUGUUUGAAAAAGCCUUCCUGCCCUUCAUGGAGGGACAGGCCUUUAGGGGUGUGUGUGACCCUAUCGAUCAAUGCGUUAGACAGACUGUGUCGUCUGCUGUGUUUCAGUGUUUUCCGGGGCAGCAGGUGGAGGUGAUCUAUGACUAUGAGCUGAUGCCCAGCAGGAGGCCUCGUUUUCUGGCUCAGACAGCGGCCCAUGUGUCCGGAGGAGCAUUUUACUACCAGCAGAGUGAUAUUAUAGAGCCGCCGUGGACAGACAGAAAGAUGUUCGGGGUGUGUGUCCACCCUCGGUUUGGGGGCUGGUUUGCAAUCAGAGCUCUGUUGGUAUUUGCUGAUGUGAGGGGGGGCUCCGACAUGCUGCAGCCUCUUCCUGUAGACUGUGUGCCGAGCAGGGAGGGACGGGUCAAGCUGCUGGAGGCCUUCAACCUCCACUGGCAGGACUGGAGUUACAGAAACAUCGUCCCGCCAGUUGAAACAUACUCUCAGAGACAGAGGGACUACUUUUCCUGUCCUCCCUCUGAGCGGCUUGCUCUGCUGAGGUCGUGGGGUUUCCUGCAGAGAAAAGAAGGGGCCGAUCAGACCGCUGAGACUCAGAUUACGCUGAACGGACACGGCUGACAAAGAGGAAGAAGACUGAACAUGUGU